GAGAGUGUUGGCUUCACACUUCACUCUCUGCCCAAAAUGCAAACUUUCCUUAUCCCUUCCUCCUUGACUCCUCUUCCCCCUAAACCCCUCUUUAAACCCCUACAAAUUUCUCAACCCCAAUUCCCAUACAAAACCAUCAAAACCAUUCGAGCGUACUCCUCUGACGAGUACCCAGUCGGCGAUGACGACGCUUUUCUUGCAUCAUUUGGGCCAAAGGAGAAAGAAUCUGAAGAAGAUGCCCGAAAAAGGAACUGGGUUGAAAGGGGAUGGGCUCCAUGGGAAGAAAUUCUGACCCCAGAAGCUGAUUUUGCUCGAAAGUCCCUUAAUGAAGGCGAAGAAGUGCCGCUUCAAUCGUCUGAAGCAAUUGAGGCGUUCAAAAUGUUGAGUCCCAAUUAUCGGAAAAAGAAAAUUGCGGAAAUGGGGCUUACGGAAGAUGAGUAUUACGCUAAACAGUUUGAAAUUAAGGGGGAAAUACCGGAUCCAUUGCAGACGGGUUGGAGUGGGCCUUUGGUGUUGAGGCAUGUGCCGCCAAGGGACUGGCCGCCUAGGGGGUGGGAGGUGGAUAUGGAGGAAUUGGAGUUUAUACGUGGCGCGCACAAGUUGCAAACCAUGGUGAGAGUGGAUUAUGAGAAGGUGGAGGAAAUGGUGGAGAGGGAUACCGGGCAUAUGUGCUUGGAGAGGUAUGAGAUGUUCUUAAAGCAAUAUAAGGAGUGGGCAGCUGCAAAUAGGGAUCGUUUGGAGGAGGAGUCUUCUAAGUAUGACCAAGAUUAUUAUCCUGGUAGGAGGAAAAGGGGAAAGGAUUAUGAUGAAGAAAUGUAUGAACUUCCAUUUUAUUACCCGGGACAAAUUUGUGCAGGUAAAGUAACUGCAUUACAGCUUUAUCAAGGAGCAUUUGUUGAUAUUGGAGGCGUCCAUGACGGAUGGGUUCCAAUAAAACGCAAUGACUGGUAUUGGAUCCGUCAUCACAUCAAAGUUGGUAUGCACGUCAUCGUUGAAAUUUUGGUGAGUCAGCCUUUGUUGAUCUCUGUUACCUAUAUUCACACUAUUGCAAUUUUAAAUCAAUGUCUAACAAAUUUCAUCUUUAGGAGUUUUAGGACCGAUUUCAUUAAAAGCUUAUGCUUUGGCAUUGUUUCCCUUUUGCAGCGUGAUUGUGGAAGACCUCCUGUUCCUAGAAAAGAUCCUGAUAUCAAGGUGGAGGAGGAACCUCUGUUAUCAAAUCACCCUUAUGUUGAUAAGCUAUGGCAGAUACAUAAUGCUGAACAAAUGAUUAUGGAUGACAUGGAGCUUAAUCCUGAUAAGUACAAGGGCAAAAAGUUAACUGAAUUGACAGAUGAUGACGAUUUUGAUGAAGAAAACAGUGUAGUGUACGGCGAAGCUUAUUAUAAGAAAACACUACUUCCAAAGAUGACACUGAGAAUAAGCACAAAAGAACUUGAUUUGGAAUCUGCACUUGCUGAGCGUCAGUUCCAUAAUAAACUACGGAAGGAAGCAGAAGAAAGAGGAGAGGAUUACAAAAUCACCAAGCUGCGGCGAAACGAGGAGAUGGAUGAAUAUGACCUUAUCCAUUGGCGCCGAUCUUUUGAGGAAAGAGAAGCUCUACUCAGAGAUAUAAGCUGCCGUCGGGCUCUGGGGCUUCCAUUGGAAGAACCCGGUAGGUAUGUUGAUGCUAGUUACUUCGGAAAGGACCAAUAUGAUCCAGAUAGUCCCCUAUAUCGUUAUGACUACUGGGGAGAGCCAAAGAACUCAGAAAAGAGCAAGCAAGAACGGAUGACUGAUGCCCACAACAAAUCAAUUGUUGGCAAGGGUACUGUUUGGUACGAAAUGUCAUAUGAAGAUGCCAUCAAACAGCAGUUGCAGAGGGAAGCCCUUGGAAUCAAGCCUAAAGAGUACAAUGAAGAUUCAUACGGAGACCAAGAUGAUGACGAUGACGACGACGACGACGACGACGACUUUGAUUACAGUAUUCUGGGCUACCAAAGUGCAGAGGUAUCCAGUCAGCCUCACGUUAAUGGGACUGAAUCUUCACAAUUGUCGGAUGACGGAAUAUUCGAGGAUUAGUUUGGCAUAUUUUUGUAGUUGUACAGGGUUAGAUUAGUUAAAGCCAAAAGAAAAAAGACAUCAAGGUGUGCUUCCCCAUGUCUUGUCGCUGCUAUAUGUACCUUACAUUAGUGACUGGUUGAAGUAAAAUAAAAUUUUGGAUUUCAUUACUAUUA